AAAGAAUUGAAUAAAUUAAAUAGAAGGGGAGCCAUAACCCAGGAGGAGUCUUCAACCAUGAUGCUUCUAUGCCCUCGUGUCUUUGAUCCCAGUCUUUCCUUGUGAAAAGAAAAUAUGCUUUGCCUUCAUUUUCGUUCCUUUAGCCACCUCAAAUCUGUCUAAAUCAAACCUACGCACCUCCCUGCGCAGGAUAUGGAGUCGCCUUCUUUUGUAUCCAAAGCAAGGACCGCCAUCCAUUCCGCUGCUGCUAAAGCGGAGCAAGUUUUCACUGACAUUAAAUCAGACUUUAUAUCCGAUCGAGAAGGGCCAGACUCAGAUAAGAUAUCGCCAAAGGAAUCGAUAAAAGAAUCGGGAGAAAAGUCGUCUCCGCGCAAUGACAGCGAGUCAAAGAAUAAGAAUGAAGGGAAGCAGCAACAUAUGAGGUGGAGACCUGGAAAAAAAGGGACUAAGCUGGAUUGGCAAGAUAGAUUCAAGAAUACUAUAAGAUUAGGAGGGAAAAGAGGACCUGACAACAACAACAAAGCUGAAAACUCAACCAUGGCUCUUCCAUGUUACGAUGAAAAUCUGUACUUACUCAACAUGAAAAACGAGGAGGAGGCCAAGGGCUCACAUGUUUCUUCCAUAGUAGAAAGAUUAAAUGCCACCAACCCAGAUACAAUUCCUCCAAUAUCUGCCUUGAAGCAAUUGGCUGUAGCUGUGGAUUCUGGAAAAAAGUUUAAGUCAGUGAAAGACAUUUUGGCAUCAUCUGGAGCUUCCUCGCCAAUUAUGGAGAGGGCAAGCUUAAGCCUUGCUGCAGUUAAGUCAUUAAUGCUUCGAGACAAGGAGGAUAAACUUACAUCUGAGUUUGGUAAUGAUGAGAAGCUGGAAUCCUUGAUAAAAUCAUUGUUUGAUGCAGAGGGAAACUUUCUCAGCCGGAACAUGAGCCUGGUUUUGGAACCACCAUUAUUGCCCAGAGAUAUUCAUGGUGCUCCACCUGAGGGCUUUCUUACUAAACUAUCUGAAGUAAUUGGAAGUUUUACAACCCUGCGAAAAAUGGCAUUGUUCUGGUGCAAAAUUGUUACUGAGAUAAGAAGACUUUGGUCUGAAGAGCUGUAUAUACCUGGCAUCCCUCUAGAUGAGAUUCCAGAUUUAAAUUCCUGUCGUUUGUACCAGCAACUUCAGGUUGUGAAUUCUUGUGUUUCUAGAAAAAAGUGGCGCACUCUGGCCACUCAAUCAAUAGAAUCAGUAAUGAGGCAUGCUGGUUCAUGUUCUGAAGAAUCAGCUGAUCUCCAGGGCACAGUCACCUCACACCAUAUCUUAUAUGCUAGAAUAAGCACUGGAGAACUUGUUCUUCGAUUGGGAGCUGAUAGACCUGCUGAUAAUUUAACCAUGUUGGAAACCGGAGAACCUGUAUACUCACCGAUCACCCAGGAAGGACCUUUGCUUACUGAAGAUCUUAUCAAAGAAACAGAAGAGUUUGUGCUGCGAACUGGAAGUGUUGGCGCUGGGUGUUCUCAACUCCUCUCUGACAUGCAGGCCUUCAAGGCUGCAAAUCCUGGUUGUAUCUUAGAAGAUUUUGUCAGAUGGCACUCUCCCCCUGACUGGACAGAAGGUGAGCCAAGUGAUGAGGCUCAAGAGUAUGUUGAUCAAGUUGAUUCAUCUUCUACGAGAGGCCAACUAAGCAGUCGAAUGCAAAAGGAAGGUAACUUGUGGCGUGAACUGUGGGAAACAGCCAAACCUGUACCAGCUGUUAAACAGGCUCCCCUCUUUGAUGUGGAUUUGGCUGUGGAGGGUAUUCUGAAUGACUUAGAAGACAUCCCACCUGUUGAGCUUUUUGAACAACUGUUUAUUUCUUUGCUUGGUUUGGGAUUUGUAAUGGCCGAGGCUAAACUCUCCUGUAACAAUGAUUUGUUAAAGAUAUUUUUGGAAUGCAAAGACUAUGUUGUUGUCACUUGUCAAGGAAAAAUCUGGAGUGAUAAAAUGGAUGAUCUCUGCCAGGUGUACGAAACAGUAGAGACAAUGUUAUUGAACCCAGAAGAAGUCCUAAAGGCAGCAAGGCAGAUGGAAGAAACCAAUACUGUGGGUGAACCAAGACGUAGGUUGAAGAUGCUUGGCCUGAGCUUUGGAAGCAAGGAAAGAAACUCGAGAAACCCAUCAAAAGAUGAGAAGAACUCAGAGGAAAAUUCAUCUCGCCAACCAUUCUCUACCUUCUUUGAUGGCAAGUCUUCUUUAUUCUUGAAAAAGCCUCCAAGGCCUGAGAGUGUGUCCUUUGGCGACAAAGCUGCAUACCAAGAUGAAAACGAAAAUGAUUGGACAAUUGUUUAAUCAACAGCCUCCUUCCACCGAACCCAGCCCUCUUAUUUCUCGUAUUGAGCUUUGAAGAAGAAAUUGUAAAUUAUCCCCCCACCCACCCCCCAAAAAAGAAAAAAAGAAAAAAAAAGAGCGCUCAUGUGAUUCCAGAAGAAAGAAGUAAUGAAAUAGGUUUUUGAUCCAAAUGGAAUUUCAAGCAAUUGUCAAUGAUGUACUACAUUGAAUGUUGGUUGAAAACUCUUCCUCUUUAUAAUGAUUGUCUCAUUUCAA